AUGGCCGUACUGGCUACCACGGCCGUUGGUCUCCGUAUGGGGUGCAAACGGCAUCUGAGAUAUCCAGUAUCAGGGGAUGAUUAUCUGAUCUUUUUGUCUCUUAUCCUGGCAUUAGGCCUCUGUGCAAUGUUGAUUCUCUGCGCACAUUUUGGAUCCGGUAGACACAUAGAUGAGCUGGACAUUGACACCAUAACCAAAUUUCUGAAAGUCCAAUGGGCAUUCGAAUUCGUCUACUCCAUCACUAUCACAACCGUCAAGCUUUCAGUCCUCCUGUUCUAUCACCGCAUGUUCCCAAACUCAGCCACCACCCUCAAAUUCAAAAUCGGCCUCUAUGGCCUCGCCGCUGUGAGCGUCGUCUUGGGGCUCGGCACCUUCAUCGCUGUCGUUUUCGAGUGCGAUCUGACCACCCUAUAUUGGGACCGGACGAGCUAUGGCCUGUGUAUCAACAUGAAAGCUUUCUUGCUGUCCAUGGCUAUACUGAACCUCUUCACGGAUGUUUUGAUCUUGAUAUUGCCGAUAUCUGUGGUAUGGGAGCUCCAGAUUAAGAAGUCACAGAAGGUUGCUAUAUCGGGAAUGUUCCUUUUGGGAGGCUUCGUCUGUUUAUCAAGUAUCGUCCGCACCUGCUUUGUGGGAAAAGUCGACAUCGAUGAUCCAACAUGGACUGCCGUCGACGCAGACAUUUGGUCCACAGUCGAGCCAAGUAUCGGCAUCGUUAGCGCCUGCCUCCCGAUGAUGGGGCCACUGUUGAAGGGUAUCGUCCCGUCCCGGCUCCGAAACGUGAAGAGUCCGUUCAGGCCCAUCUCAUCGUUUGGAAGUUCUGUUGGUCGCCAGAAAGAGAAGAAUAAAGGCAUACGACUGGUUGAGGACCGUGGUGGGAAGUUCGAUAGAUUAGAUGACUCGGCCUCCGCAAGUAAAGGCAGUGUUUCGGUGGAUGUGUAUCCGUUUGAUGUUGUCUGA